AUGUCUUCAACAUCACAAACAUCUUAUAAGCUUACACGAUUACGGAUAGUUAAUUCAAAAAAUUCUAUGGAUGAAGGAGAGAAGAGGAAAAGAAGAAGCAAAAUAAUUGAGAAAGCUAAAUUAUCAGUUUCAUCAUAUGAUACAACAUGGGUGGCUAUGGUUCCUUCUAAGGAAUCAAAACAGAAGCCAAUGUUUCCAAAAUGCUUGGAAUGGAUUAUGGAUAAUCAGCAAUGUGAUGGAUCAUGGUGCCAUCAUCCAUACCAUCCAUUGCUUGUUAAGGAUUAUCUUUCUUCUACUUUGGCUUCUAUUCUAGCUCUUCACAAGUGGAAACUUGGCCCAUCACUCAUCAAGAGAGGUUUAGAAUUCAUUGAGGCUAAUUAUUGGGCUGCCGUUGAUGAAAGACAAUUAACACCAAUUGGAUUUGACAUUAUAUUUCCUGCCAUGAUCGAACUUGCAAUAGAAUAUGGAUUAGAGCUUCCUUUUCAUCAUGAAAUACUUAAUGUAUUGUUGGAGAAGAGAGAAAAUGAAAUCGCAAGGUGUGAAUUAGAAGGAGACACGUCACAUCUUGCAUAUUUAAUAGAAGGACUUGGAAAAAAAUGUAAGUGGAAAGAGAUAAGCAUACAUCAAAGAAGUAACGGGUCAUUUUUUAAUUCACCGUCAGCAACAGCAGCUGCUUUGUUUCACAAUCAUAAUCAACAAUGUUAUGAUUAUUUAACAUCCCUCUUCAAGAAUUUCAAUCGUGCAGCUCCCACAAUUUAUCCACUGGAAAUAUAUAGCCAACUCCGUGCAGUAGACAAUCUUCAAAAGUUAGGAAUUGAUGAUAGAUAUUUCAAAACAGAAAUAGAUACUAUUUUGGAUAAUAUAUAUGGGUAA